AUGAACACUCAAGACGAAGUAGGUGGCGAUGCCGAUGCAAUGGUGGCAGGUCAGGCACAGAUAUUGCGCUACAUAUAUGGUGCUCUCGACGGUAUUGCCUCUCCAUCCAUAAACCUAGAUGGGCUUCGACGACUAAUGAGAUUCUUGGUCCAUCGAAAGGUUUUCCAUGAAAUGGCCCAACCAAAAGUUGGAGAUGGAGAGGGGGGAAAUGAUAAUGUUUACUCCCUGAACCAUUGUUCCCUGUGGUUGUUACGUGAUGCUGAUGUGACAUUAGCACCGAUGGUCAUGAUGCGGACGGAUCCAUCUAUGAUUUUGCCUUUACAUGUGUUGAGUCGGUCGAUCACAGAAGGUGGUACGGCGUUUAAGAUGAUUCAUGGUGAAGAAAUGUUUGAGUUUUCGUCGAGUAACUCAGAUUUUAAUAGGGUUUUUAACGAGGGUAUGGCAUGCACAGCUAAGAUCACAAUAAAUGCGAUCUUGGCCAGUUACAAAACUGGAUUUCUUGGGACGAAAGGAAGCGUUGUAGAUGUUGGCGGAGGGACUGGGGUGGCGAUAUCUGAGAUUGUGAAGGCAUAUCCACAUCUGAAAGGGAUCAACUUCGAUUUGCCGCAUGUUAUUUCAAUGGCACCAAGAUAUGAUGGGGUUACACAUAUUGGUGGGGACAUGUUUGAGGCCAUUCCUCCAGCGGAAACGAUCUUCAUGAAGUGGAUUUUGCAUGAUUGGAGCGAUGAUGAUUGUAUUAAAAUCCUUAAAAAUUGUCGGAAAGCGAUACCCAAAGAAUCUGGAAAAGUCGUUAUUGCGGAGAUUGUCAAUCAUCCUACAGGACAUGAUCCUUUUGUUGAUACACACCUAACAUAUGAUUUAGUGAUGUUUUCACAUUUUUCUGGUGGAAGAGAACGGAAUGAAAGCGAAUGGCAGAGAAUACUCCAUGAAGGAGGGUUCCUUCGUUACAAUAUUCUCAAGAUUCCAACCCUUCAAUCGAUCAUCGAGGCUUUUCCAGAAUGAAUUUGUAAGAAAGCAUUAGGUUUGGAGAUUCUUUUGAUGUGAAUCAUACCGGUUGAAAGAACUGGAAUUUGAAGAAUUAUACUAUAUCAUGAGUUUGAUGCAUAAUAAUGGAAUAAAAUUAUGAGAAAGAAUUAGAACUUGAAGAAUUCAUGAGUUUGAUGUUCAACAAUGGAA